GGGGUGCCAGUCUAGGUAGUUCGCGGUUUUAUGAAGUUGUGUUUUGGAGAAAUUAAGUUUUCCACGUGGAGGAAUCGGCAGUGCAGGAUUUCAUCAAAUUAAAAUGCUGGAGAGCAGCCAGCCAGCACAGCCAGUAGCAGCUGCAGCAUCUCAGGAAAGAGCACCUUCGUCUAGUAAGUGUGGGGACAGCUCACAGGCACCAGGCAAUAAGGAUGGCAGUGUGGCAACACGUUCGAGAAGCCCACAGUUAUCACAGAAAUUGAUGCUAGUGCCUGACACUAUGGAUGAGGAAGAGAAUGAGGAUGAGUGCAUACCACCAACUUCAGACUCAUAUGGGGAUUCAGUUGAACUGGUACCGUGUACCCCUACCGAUAACGAUUCUGGAAGCCAUUCAUUGCAUGAUGAUACAGACAAGGGAGCAGCUGCUGAAUCAAUGCAAACCAGCUCUGACUCACAAGCGCAUUGUGUAUGGCAGAGGAGCAAAGCAGUUUCCUUUCAGGAAUGGCAACCAACAUUAUCUUCAAGCACCAGCUCAGAAAGGUCGUCUGCAAAAGAGGAAAGAGGCAAUGAAAAAGCAGUAUCCACAAAUGUAGAGGCAGUAAAGAUAGCAUCUGAUGUGAACCAGCAAUGGCCACUAGAUGUGAAGCUGGCUGGGGUUGUAGAGGAGGGCCACGAGGUAUCGCAAAGUGAAGACUGGCAGCUUCAGCUCUCCCCCACGCAGCGAGUCUCCAAGCAUGCUUCCCUGUUUGCGGCCAGCGAUGCAUCUCGUUUGUGCAAGUCUGUCUCUCAGCCGACCGUGAGCUCUCUGGCAACCGAGCACGAACAAAUGCUCACCGAUGCCGCGAUAGCAGAUCCGCUUUGUGUUCAGGAGAAGAGAGAAGGGAGCGAUGCAUCUAUGAGUGUGGAUGUGCAACAUAUCAGCCAGCAGCCAGAUUCUGAGAGCAUUUUCCAACCAUUAACGCACACCGGUCUAUUGCUCGAGAGCCAACAUGGAAGAAAGGAAGAAACCAGAGGCGAAGCUGUGUUGUUUAGGGACGAGAGAAGUGGGGUUACCGAGGAGGGAGGUCAGCGGGAGGAGGGCGCAACACCAAUCCUACGUAUCGAGGACGUUGACAGUGAAUUUCAGCAGGGCAAUGGCCAUGACGCGCCACUGUUCCAACUGACCACACCUGACUUUGUCGAGAAGAUGUUACAGAACAGAAAUGAGGAUCCUGUGAAAGCAAGCCCAAGUAAAGCUAGUUCAUCUUUCUUUAAGGUCAAGGAAGGAAAAUCAACUCCACAGAAAAACAAAGAGGACCCAUUUGCAAUAAGAGGCGACUCUGAAAUGAAGAGCAAAACACGUCGGCCACCAAGGGCAUUAGCAUUUGGUGAUAAACGUGGUGAAGAGUCAGACUGCACUGAACUUGGAAAGCUGGCAGAAAAGGCCACCGUGGAAACGUCUGCACCUUCUCUAGGCGCUAGUCCGGUGAGAUUGUCUCCACAUCUAGCCAAACCUGUUGCGGAGGAGGACACGCAGCCAGGGCCUUCCUCGCAGCGGCGCCCAUCUAUAAUAGUAACGUCGCCCCGAACUGCCGUGAAGCCAGUGCGAACGUCUCCACGGAGGAAGUCGUUAGCUGCUGGUGACAUCGCGGGCGGGACAGCCGACCUCGGCGCUGCGAGGUCGAGCGAGCGGGGGUCGGGGCGGGUCACGCUCGACGAUAGCGGCCGGCGGCUCUCCUUCACGAGUCUGGCAGAGCCAGCAGCGUCGAAGGCUGCGCGCGGCGAAGACGUCAUGCCGUUGCCACGGCAACCGUCAUCGGCAGUAUCCUGCCCCUUGGUGACGAAGCGAAAGAAGGCCAGCUCACGAAGAAUCUCCCAGGCACACAUGCAAGCUCAAAGCCUGGUGAAAAGAGCUCGGCGAGAGGUGGUGAGAGGCCUGGCUUCUGACAGGGGUGGAGUAGCGUUGCCAACACAAGCACGUAGAACUUUCAGAUUCACUCGCACUCGAAAAUGCACCUCUGCGACAAAAAAGACUAGUGUCGUGGGAGACACGUCAGAGGAAGGUCCCGUUCCUGCAGAACGGGUGAAGAGAGGAGCCGCGCUACCUGGUACACAUGGCAGCAGGGCCGUCGUCGUGAACGAUGUGGAGUCUGGCGCGACCUCAACGACAGGCGAGGACGUCAACCUACACGCCGCGAUCGUUCACAGCACCACGCCUGCUGUGCGGAGGACCGUCAGUAAGCAGAAGUUUCCCGCUGGACCCGGUUCGAAGCAGAUGGUGAAGCGAGUGCUGGUGAAGACCUACGUUAGGAUCACGACGGUUACCACGGAGGAGCUGGUGGGUGAUGGGAAGGUCGUGGAACGCACGGUAAUCAAGGAGGUGGAAGAGCAAGCACCCACCAGCACAGUUAAUGAAUAUAGUGAGCCAUUCAACUCCCCUUCCCUGAGCAGGGUGUCCUCCAUUACGUCAGGUUCUUUGGCAGAUGUCAGCUCUUUCAGUACAAAGUCCUUGAGUCUGUCUGAUCUCGACCGCAUUCACGGCACGAGCGGCAGCAGCUGUGAGCGCCACCUGCUGGGCGGUGAGACGCCGUUCGGCUCCACCCCCGUCGCGACGUUCCGCCGCAGUGUGGCGCCACAUGACGAGGCCGUCCUUGCCGGCGCGACGCCCGAGUUCAAGCGUCCCAUUCGGCUCAGCUCACGACUGUCCGUGCCGAUGUUCCAACCGGCAACGUCGAGCACGCAGGACGCGGAGGAGGAGGCGGCCCAUCCGGGCAGCUUCCCGGCCGGGAUCGGGGUUCCGGAUCGCGCGGGAGGCUCACGCCGGGACGGGCCGCGCGUGAUCGAGGAACGCGUGGAGGAUGGGGAGAAGAGGGAACGCGGGCGGACGCCGGAGCGCGAGCGUUCGUUCUCGGCGCCCCUCUUCAGCACCAGCACGGAGAGCCUCGGCAGCAAGUCAGAGAAAUCUGGCGGCCACACAUCAGCGAGCCUCCCCGCCUCCCUCUUGCUGUGCGCGGGGUCGGACGCGCCGCGCGGCGGCGGCGCUGUGACCGCUGACAAGAGCACGUGCACGAGCGACGACGACUUUGCGUACUUUCGUGCGAGUGGCGUGCCGGCGAUCAGAGAUGCGAGCACGGACACGAGUCUCGACGCGCGUCUGCGACACGAUGACGUCACGCUGCUGCUGGACACCACCGACGCUCGUGGCAGCGACGGCUCGAGAAAGGUAGGCAGUGGUAGCGCGAGAAAGGAAGACAGUGGUAGCGCGAGAAAGGAAGACAGUGGUAGCGCGAGAAAGGAAGACAGUGGUAGCGUGAGGAAGGUAGGCAGUGGUAGCUUGAGAAAGGAAGACAGCGGAAGCUCACAGAAAUCCCGAAGCAGUAGCUCGAGAAAGCGCGCCGCUAGUAGUUCGAAGCGGGGGAGGCAGCAGAAAACGAGGCCACGAGAAAAAGAAGAAGAAGAAAGAGAAGGCGGCGACAUCGACGCAGCAUCUUCCUCGAGCCAUCCCUCGCCGAUCCCGCCGGAGCUUGCAGUGCGGACGGAUGCGGCGCUCGAUCGGAAGCCGAUGCAGCGUGCGGCGAUGACAGAGAGCGACGUGGUCACGAGCACACAGCCGCAGCGUCCAUCGGACGACGGCGGCGGCGCGCGCGUGAUGGCGAGGUGGCGCGACAGGCACUUCUACCCCGGGCGCGUCGCAGAGACGACGAGCGACGGCAGACUGUCGGUGGUGUUCGCCGAUGGUGAUGUGAGGCUCAUGCGUCGGUCGGAGGUUAUCUCGUGUCGGCUGCUUCCUGAGGGACAGAGGCUGAAGGCGCUGGCAGAGGAUGGUUACUACUACAAGGGCACCGUCGUCGGUCACUUCGGACGUGGCGACGACGCUGGGUACGAGAUCGACGUCGUGGGCCGCAGCGUGCAGCGGUACAGCUGGGAUAAGGUGAUGUUGUCUACGGAACAGGCGCAGGCGUAUCUGGACGACGACUGCGGUGCUACAACGAGCUCUGGCACCCUGCCGCCUUUCGACAUCAAUUUGGGGAAUUUGCUGCACGGCAAACGCUCGUGCAGAGGCAGGCAGGCCGGCAUGGACGUGUCUGUGAGCGAGAGCAGGUCUUUGAAGGCGUCUGCUGUCAAGACGAAACCUGCUUCGUCUAGUAAGAAAGGUGUGAAGCGUAAGGCCGGCGGAGGCGAGACGUCAGGAAGCGACUGCAACCCAGCUCCUCAGAAGUUGGUGAUUUUGCAGCAGGAGAUAGUGCUGACCCCUAAGAACUCGAGCACACCGACACUCGGCAGCGAGAUACGCUCCACAGGUGGGAGUAAGCAUGCACCCAGCCCCGUGCCGCAAUCGCCCCGUCGUACACCAAGGCGGGCCCGGGCUGCACAUGCCCUGCAGUUUGUUGAAGAAGCUGGUCCCAUCUUCGCAAAAGGCAGCACACUGUUUGCGGGGAUGACAUUCAUUUUGACGAAAGCUGAUCCGAGUGGCUCGGUAUUGGCAGAAGACGAGAAGGAAGGCACCAGUGCAACGUCAACAGACUGCAGUUCGAUUGAAGCUACACCACGAGUGACAGUCGAUUUUAAUAAAGAUCACAUUACCAAGCAGAUUAAGGCAGGAGGUGGAAAAAUCUUUAAAAAGUUUGAACAGAAUCAGGCAACGGCGGAGAAUUUCUACCUCAUUGCGGACACGUUCUGUAGAACGGCAAAGUACCUGCAGGCGUUGGCAUGUAGCAUCCCCUGCGUGUCGCACAGGUGGAUCCACGACAGCUGCUGUUUUAAUCAACUGCAGGACUACAGGGGAUACAUUCUUCCAGCUGGGCAGAAUAUUCUGACAGGCAAACCUGUGGAAUGGCAGGCAAGAGGUCCGGUUCUUGCAGGACUUCGUAUCAUGAUCCUGUCCGUCAAUAGCAUGUUCAAGGAGCUGUGGUCGCCGGUGCUCGUGGCAGCAGGGGGCGAGGUGGUCGGCGAACUCUAUGCCCUGCAUCCAGAUGCACCGAACCCUGUUGAUGUAGUGAUGGCAGAUCAAAUCGACAAUGUCACACAGUCGGUGGGACAACUGAGCAUUCCUGUGGUGACGUCAGAGUGGAUCAUUCAGUGUCUGGUCAACGGCUUUAGAAUUGACUGCAAUGCUCAUUCGAAGUUUAGAUUAGACUUGGUAUGAGGCCUGUAGGUCGACAUGUAAUUUUACACAGUGCAAAGGAUUGCAAAGGUUACACAAGGUGUAAAGGAUUUAGGGUGUAUUAAGAGGUAGGUUGUGAAGAGCGUGUACGUGGAAUUUUAAGUGCAUUCGAGAAGUGGUGAGUGACGUCACACUGGCGCGCGUCUACAUGGUCAUUAAUCUACUAUAUACGCCCAUGAAUACUGUGUAGGCCUAUGUGUGAAGGUACGGGUCAUACUAUAGCAUUCCGGAUAUAUUGAGAGCCACAUGUUAUGUACGGAUUUUAUAGUUUUUCAUACAUGAGAAUUUCCCGCGGCCCUGCGGAUUUCCGCUUUUAAAUUAUAUUCCAAACAUAAUGAGAAAUUGCUUAAUUCGUGUAGAUCCGUUGAGAACGAAUUGGGGGAGGUAGGUUCAGGUUAGUCAAUGAUUGACGAUCGGUACCGGUGCAUCGUAAAAGCAUUCAAAUACCGGACGAUCACAAGUAAUCUCUGAAAAAUAUUGCUACUACCCCUGUAAUCUGUACUUAGACUGUUCCACUUCGUCGCUCUUGCGAUGGUAAAUCUAUUUUCAUUCGUCAAUUUCCCGAUGAAUGCUUUCAUGUUAAAAUAUGGCUCCAAUCGUUGUACAUAAAAAAUCCAUUCUCAUGUACUCUUAGAAUGCACCAGUCUAGCUUUAAAAUCGUAAAAUUUUACAUGAGAGGGGAGGGGCACAUUAUGUUCUCUAUGUGGGAUACUAAUAUCCAUUUGGAAUACCAGAAACCUAGAAGCUAGUAAUCCACUUGGAUACAAGAUGAAAAUUCUAAUUUUGGGUCCUAUAACUGGAAGAAAUUUUAGAAAAUUAAAUGGGGUUUUAUAUGAAAGCUCAGGAUUGCGUUCAUUUCUUUCAAAAUUUCGCCUGCAGCGCUCGCUAGGCAUGGAUACUGAACUGACAAAUUUUUGAAUCACGCACUUUUCCGCUUGUUUGGUCAUUCACUGUUCUCAUGUAUAAACAUUAGAAUACAUUAUAUAACUUAGAUAAUCAUGAUAAAUUUAUAUAAAAUAUUAUGAAAUAUGUUUUGUACCAAGAU